CUACGCCCCAUCCAUCUAUGCAAUCCGCAAUCCAUCCCAUCAUCCUUUCUUUCCUCGUGUCCGUUUUGGCGAGGUUGGUGACUUUAAGGUUCCAGUAUGUGUAGCGGAACAAAGGAAGCGAUUCAGUCCGUGCAAGUGUUCGGAAGGAAGAAAACUGCAACAGCUGUGGCCUACUGCAAACGUGGCAACGGUUUGUUGAAAGUCAAUGGUCGUCCCUUGGAGAAUAUUGAGCCCCUUACGCUGCGUUACAAGUUGUUGGAGCCUAUUCUCCUCUUGGGCAAAGAACGCUUCGCAGGUGUGGAUGUUCGUAUCCGCGUCAAGGGUGGAGGCAAUGUGGCGCAAAUGUAUGCCAUCAGACAGGCUCUGUCUAAGGCCCUCGUUGCCUAUUACCAGAAGUACGUGGAUGAACAGUCCAAAAAGGAGAUCAAGGACAUUCUCAUCCAGUAUGACCGCACCCUCUUGGUAGCAGAUCCACGCCGUUGCGAGCCCAAGAAAUUUGGAGGACCAGGAGCCCGGGCACGCUACCAGAAGUCAUACCGUUAAUACAAUAAAUGUCCAAUUUGUCA